AAGUUUUUGUUCCCUCAAAUGACGAACAUGUAACUUUCAGACAGUUCUUUGCUGCCUCUUUUUUCAGCAGCCACGUGGUCUGUGAUUGUCUCAAAUGAUGUAGCAGUGCUGCAUCUGCAAAGUUCAAAGGAAGUCCUCUCGAAGUGGUUCGAGCUUCAGACAAACUUCAGGUAGCCAUAUUCAAGUUAGCCAUUUUCUUCUGACUAACUGAAACAUGCAGAUCUUUCACCCGACUUCAGUGUUUCUUACAAUGGUUGUUCUCUGCAGUCUGCUAUCGUCUCUAGCAGGGGUGCGUGUGAAAUACUCACGUGAAACGGUGACGAAGACUGAAGGCCAGUUUGUGUCUCUCAAGUGUGAGGUGCAGUAUGAUAUCCAGAACUGUGACAUUGUGAGCAAUUGGUGGUACAUAAAUGGCAAUGAACUCAAGCCCAUUACAGAUCCGAACCAUUAUUUAAUCACAGUAAAUGAAACGGGAAAAAAUCAACUCAGGUCCAGGAAUCUUUUCCUUUCAUUCUAUUCCUUGAGCCUUAAAGACAGUGGACAAUACCAGUGUGAUGCCAAAUGUCUCAACAGUGGGACUGAAGGGAAAGGCCAUCUUCUGUACCUCGACGUCAAAGCUGAUCCAAACAAAGGUCUGCAGGUCUCAACAUGGAGUGGCCAGUUAAAGGCAGACGAAGCAUUGCUGGCACUCAGCGCCAUGUUAUUUUUAAGCCGUUGUUAAAUGACAUUGUGUUUUCAGUAUAUGAAGCAACACAAGGUAUCAACACCUACUGUAUACUUUACCAGCUCUAUUUAAAUGUAGAGCUAGUUACCUGAUUUUUUGUAGUUCAUUAAAAAAAUAAUAAAAUGGUUCUUUAUUGGUUCCAAUUUAAGCCUAAAGCAUGCACCAUAAACUGAAUUAUUCAAAUUUUAGUUCGAUUGCCUAAGAUAAUAUACACUGAGAAAUUGAAGUUGUCAAAGAGAUGAUGACUUGCACUGUCUGUGUAUAAAUAAUAUUUUUGUGCUACACUCAUUUUAACUGCAAUGGAACAUUUUAAUGCAGCGGUCCAGGCUUGUGGUGGAAACUGAAACCAAGCUCGUCUUGCCAAAAAGAACAUGAACCUCCACAGUUGUGAUCAGUGAUGUGACUGGCAGUGCAAUGAAAUGUUUUUUAUUUUUAUUUUAUUUUAUUGAUAGUGCGUUUAAGAGUGGACUUGCGAUACAAAGGAAAGUAUGCGUUAUGUUACUUUUGUGUUACUUUUUCACUUGGGCUGGUCUUGCAUGUCUAUUUUUUUUUAAUAACAAAUCCAGAUCAUACACCCGUCCAGAUCAUCCUAUGCACUUCCGACGCAGUUCAACAAUGGCUGAGACUAAGGCUAUAUUAAGUUAUGUCACUGCUCUGUUCCACUUUGUAAAU